AUGACGGGCCACCAGAACCCCGUGUACCUCAGUGACAUCGGCGCCACCAAUUUGAAGCCGCUUUUCAUCGCGUGUGCUGGGUUCCAAGGGAUCUUCUUUGUCGGCACCCUUUUGCUCGAGUAUGUGUUGCGUAAAAAGGGAAAAUUGCAGCGGUGGGUGCUGACGAAACAACCGAUUUUCUCGAUCAUUUCCAUCGUGUUUGCCGUCAUUGGUGAAUUAGCCAUUCUUAUGGUUUCCAUUUUCGACACUAAAAAUUUUCACGCCGCCCACAUCUCGAUGGUCGGUGUUUUCAUUGGCGGCAUUUUCUUUGCCUGUUUGUUCAAUUUCUUCAACACCUUCAUUUUCGGGAACGAGCCGCAAAGACUCGCCCCCGACCACGAAAAAGUGGUGUUUGGCCGCGGCCGCUGGAGCAACUUGUACAUGGUGGGUUUCUGGGGUAAAAUCUUGUGGUUGGCGGUGGCGAUCGUGUUGGCGGCGUGUUUCGGGUACUACAUGAAACACGACCAGGACUCGUUGCUGGCGCGGUUCGAGUGGGCCAUCUGCUUCUGGUACGGCUUCCUCUUGAUCCUCUGGUCGAUCGAUUUGUUCCCGCUGGCGGUCAAAAACUGGAAGCGCCGCCACGGCGUCGCCACCAACGGCUCCCGCGACACUACACCCUUAUACGAAGACCCCCAGAUCCGCAGUCUGGCCGACACUCUCGACGCCCCGGGCCAGGUCCACUACCGGUCUCACGACUCGGACAUGACCUAUACCCGUACCUGGGACCAGGAGGCGUACCCGGGCUCCCAUCCUGCCGCCCAGGAAAAGUACAACAACUUUUGA